AUGAGCUUUGCAUCCGCGGACGAGCUCUUCUGGACAUCUCCACGUGCAUCUCGCCGUGUCUCUGCAGACCGCUUCAUACCAAGCAGCACCAGUCCCCAUAGCCUCAUUCUUGGUCGCCAUCCAGAGCGGUUGAGCCCACGAGAGAAAAUUCAGCGCACGAUCAGCGCCGGACCGGAUCCUUUCAAUGCUAACGUUCCGAGAACACCCAUCCGUCAUCGAGCAGGCAGCUCACCUUCAAGUGCUGGUCACAGUAUUGGCUCUGGAAAUGCUCAUCGAGGCGCCCAGAUCUUACCCAAUAGCCGUCGUUUUGGCCAGGCCACUGUGUGGGCCAUCAACGAUAGCUGGACUGAAGCGGGCAAUAGCGUUUCUGGUGUGCCAAAUGGCAGGGGAAGGCUUCUUGCCAGCGGCACGAAUGCACCUCUCUUUUCGUCAAAUUUCCUAUCAAGAAAAGAUUCCAUUGCGGAGCUUGAUGUUCACGAGCGCAGACUUGCUGUAGCACUCGACCUUGACACUGCUUCUCGCGUUCUCAAAUACAGUACUCCACGCAGCUCACCGGAAUCCACCCGUAGCUCCAACUCUCCUCCAAACAUGGCUUCCUUAGGAUCUCAGCCACGGACCUGGCGAGAUGGGCAAUGGGAGUCAAGUACAGCAACUUGUAUCAUCAUUCGAGAAAUCCAUGUCUUGUCUCUCGCUGUAGGACUCGGAAGUCAUGUGUAUCUCUGGACCGAAUCACGAACUGUAGGGACUCCCGAGAGUUUACGUACGUCUCAGACCGCACAUGUAACUUCACUUUCGUUUUCAUCGCCCUCGGGUGGCCGUGCCAUAUUAGCAGUCGGUCGAGCUGAUGGAGGAAUUCUCCUAUGGUCCCCCGCGGAGGACGAAGCGCGCUGGAAUGCGGUGCAGCCUAAUCCUAUCUGCUGCGUAAGCUUUCGACCGCAUCCAGCUAAACGCCCUUCGAUUCGGGAUCCAUAUAUUGAAGUCGAGACCGAGGAACUGCUCGUUGGAGAUGAAGCAGGCCAUCUAUUCUAUUAUUCUGUCGAAUGGCCUACAGAGCACGAGAAGGAACUCUGGGGGUGGCAAGGCGCGAUGACACUUCUUCUACGUAUCACUGCGCACACGCAGCAAAUAUGCGGUAUUGCCUGGUCAUCCGACUGCGAAUUUUUCGCAACAGGUGGCAAUGACAAUUGCUGCUACCUCUUUGAGACGAGGAAGGUGCUUCAACGAACUUCUCCUACUUCAGAUCCCAGAACAAGCGCCGAAACCAAAGAACGCUUGUACCACUCUCACGGGGCAAGCACACACGUUCCUCUUUCCUCUAACCCUUGUUUUAUGUUGAGUUCUGUCAUUGCAAGGCAUAAAUUUACCCUUCUAGCUGCGGUUAAAGCUAUUGCAUUCUGUCCAUGGCAAAAAGGUCUCCUCGCCGUUGGUGGCGGCUCCAAUGAUCGCUGCAUCCACUUUUACCAUACAUUAUCCGGUUCCUGCCUUGGAAAGAUAGACUGUUGUGCCCAGGUUACCUCCCUAGUAUGGUCAAUAACCCGCCGUGAAAUAGCAGCAACCUUCGGUUUCGCUCAGCCGGAGCACCCGUUUCGCAUCGCUGUGUUCGCUUGGCCGAGCUGCAAGCAGAUCGUGGCCAUACCGUGGUACGAUGAGCAUAGGGCGCUGUAUGCGAUUCCGUAUCCUGGGGGGCCAGAUUUCGGCUUAGAGAGGAGCAAGCGGUGGAGUAGGACGGGGAAGGAAGGCUGCUUAGUUGUGGCAACGAGUGAUUGCAGUAUCAAGUUCCAUGAGGUAUGGGCGGAGGAGAGAAAAGGAAGCGUGGUAGGUAGAGGAGGUGUGCUGGGCGGCAGUGAUAUCUUGGAGAGCUUGCAUGGGAUUGAUAAGGAGGGCGUGGAGGUUAUACGAUAA